GUUCAGAGGUUAAUGUCUGGAUGUGUGAGGAGAAGCACGUAACUACUCCUCCUCUUCCUCUUGCUCUUCCUCUCCUGUUUUUAUGAAUGAGAAUUAAACACGUACUCACACACUGUGAUGUCAGCAACAAGCCCCUCCCACACUGAUGCGGGAGAAACCUCACGAUCAGAAAGAGAGAGGCAUCCUCGUGUUUUCAGAUGUCUCUCACCCACCCAUUUCAUCCUGAGGGGGAGAGAGAGGACAGACAUCCCUCUCCUCCUCCUCUUCCUCCUCCUCCAUCCUUCCUCCCUCCUCUCCUCUUCAUGAGCCUGAGGAUGAGUAAUCCAGGCAGGGAGGAAGAGAGAGAGAGCUGCAGCCGGAGUGAGAGAGGGAGGAUACAGCAUCAUCAUCAUCCGUGAACGUGCAAAAGCAGGGGAUGAAAAUUCAAACCUCUCCUGCAGGUCUCUCACUGCUGAGCUCAGUCCCACUGGAGCUGGCUAAUUCCUGGAGUGGGAGGGACUCAGCUGAAUGAAUAUUUCUGCAUGCUGUCGGAUGUCCCCUCCACAAGCUAACUGCUGGAGUAUGUUUACGUGCUGAAAUGUUCACUUGCAUGUGGAUCGUACCUGACUAAUCUCUGGAAGAGCUAGACUAGAGGGAGGCGUGUUUCUCUGGAUAAUAGCGAGCUAAUUCAUGGAAGGGAGGCUCACCGACUCAAGCUUUGAACUGUAGGAGAAGACUACUUCCUGAACACUAACCUGCUCUGUGCCUCCACAUGUGACAUUUCAGAGACCUGGCUAAUAUCUGGAGUCUUUUUUCUAUAACAGUGCCUCACUGCCCUACAUAUCCCACUAACACACACACACACACUCUCUCCCUGGAAUCUGGUUAAUUUCUGGACCAGCGUGUCUGGCAUGUUCUGUUUCUGCCUGCAGAGCUCCCUGCAGAAGCUCCAGGCUCUGGAGGUGGAGGGGGGGACAUCGCUGGGGUCAUCCCCAGAGGACAGCCCCCCUCCUAUGGGCAGCAAAGAGCAGAGGAACCCCUGUGGUCGGGCCGAGCUCGGAGGGAAGGAGGGGAAGACGCUGGCUCUCUGUCACAGCAUCCUUGCAGAUGAGAACAGCCCACCAGAGCUGCUGACAGUCCUGACCAGACCAUCACAAUCCCCCAGACACCCGCCACUAACCGCCAUCCACCCCGGCCAGCAGCCCCCGACCCCUGACGGAGUGCCGCCCCCGAGCCCUCACCACUCUCCCUACUCUCCUCAGAGGAGCAGUCCUGGAGGUGAAGGAGGAGGAGGACAUGGUUCAGAAGGAGGUGGAGGAGGUGGAGCUCUCCUCCAGCUGCUGGCAGGAGGCCCCAGCCCCCUGCCCUCCCCCCGGUGCUCCAGUCCCUGCCAGAGGUUCAACUCGGACCCAGACACUGCACCAUCUCCACCCUGCAGCCAGCAGUAUAUACUGUGUCGGGGUUGGGGAGACAGGACGCAGGACUCUGAGGACAAGUGUCCCCCCUCCAUUCCCUUCCUCACCAGACAGAUUCAGACCCUAAAGAAGAAGGUUCGCAGGUUUGACGAUCAGUUCGAGCACGACAUGAACUACAAGCCGUCCCAUAACGAUAAGUACUCGAACCCUGAGAUGGUCCGAGUGAUGAGUGAACUAGCGAAGGCUCGCAAGCAGCUCAAAGAGCUCAGACUCAGGCAGUCGGUGUUUGAGUCGAAGGAGCAGGAAAACACAGACGUCUGCAGGUAUAGCAUGGGGCAGCAGGGGGUGUCGGAGUACAAACCAGCUCUGGAGGAAACAGUGGAGUCCCUGUUUCGACGGCUGAGAGAGAAGAGGCAGGCUCUGGAUCUCCCCGAUAACAUGAAGGAGAUGACUCAGGCUCAGAUGGUGUUGGAGAAAAUCACUCUGCAGAAAUGUCUGCUGUACUUCGAGAGUCUGCACGGCCGGCCGAGAACGAAGCAGGAGAAGAACCUGGUGAAGCCUCUUUACGACCGAUACCAGAUGAUCAAACAUUUACUGUGUGUCAGCCCCACCAUCAGCACUAUAGAGGAAGAGGAUGGUUCUGAUGAAGACUCCAUGAGUUCAAUGGCAGUUGACGAGCUUCCCGUCCCGCCUCCUCGUAGAGCGGCCCGGUCGGCACCCGGCGAGGAGGACAGCGACCGAGACAGUGACCCGGCCUUCGUGUCACCGUUAGACGAGGUGAAAGCCGUCCGUCAGCAAGCUGCUCUCACCACGGCGAACCUGCACGAAGCCUCCAGGGCUCAGCUGCUGGACUGUCUGCGGGAGACAAGAGCAGAGAAGAAAAUGAGGCGUAAAGUCCUGAAGGAGUUCGAGGACGAGUUUUACCGACAGACUGGGAGAAUCUGCCAAAAAGAGGAUCGAACGCCGAUGAAGGAGGAGUAUCAAGAGUACAAACAGCUGAAAGCCAAACUGCGUCUGCUGGAAGUCCUCCUCAGCAAACAGGAAGUCACCCAAAACAUGUGAGGAAACGGGAACCAACACGAGUGUCCUCCUUCCUCUCCAACCUGAACAGACUGUAGAGUUAAAGAGCGCAGCUAGCAUCUUCAUUCCUCUGGACCGCUGCAUUCCCUCCAGUCUGGAGGGAAACUCAUGAUCAUUCCUUCAGUUUCUGACACGUUUCGCAUUUUUAUACAAACUAAAUGUGUUUGACUCCAAGUGAAAGCACUUUAAUCUGUUGGUGGUGGAGGACGAUUGAGAUGCCUCUUUUUAUUUUCAGACUGAACCUUCCUGCCAAAAGUUCAAAUGAAGCUAAAACCCACAAACUGCAGUUUGUGUCCUUUUAAAGAUCUGAAAAAAAAACCUCAAAAAGCAAUAAGAUCAAAAGGUAGAAAAAUCGAGACGGAGCCUCACACUAAAACAUACGACACGGGCUCAUUCAGCAAAAACCAACCAAAAAACUCAAAGUUAUGUUUGGCAUCACAUGAGCAACAGUCUGAAAUUCAAGUUAAGAAAACUAAAAAUGCAGCUGUUUGUUUUGAAGGGGCCUCAGUGCACGAGACUAAAAUUAUUUUUUUUAUUUUUUGCUAGUUUUGCCUUUAGAUGAUGGCAGUGGGCUGGAAGAGAUUAACACUGGAAGACAAAGCAAAUCCUGAGUAGCUCCACUUGGAAAUCUAAACUAUUAUUAAUGUAAUCACUUAUUACAUUAAUAUUAAGUUCAGUUCAUUUGAUGCUGAAAAAUAAAAUGUGAAUUCAACACGAGCUGCUUCCUGUUAAAAAAAAAAAAUCAUUCUGAUCAAGAAAUGAUCUGGAUUCACAUCCAUCUGUCUGGACAUCCGAUGGUUAAAAAUCUCGUCUAUAAGUCUUUCAGCAUGACCGCACCCCUGAUCGAUUUAUUACUCCAGAUCCAAGAAAAUUUUCAGUUUUCACAUUUGUUACAUUAGAGCAUUUUAUGAGGAGCUACAAACCAAAGCUCCAUUCAGAAGUGGAGGGUUUCAUGGCGGCACAGAACACCGGCUUUGGAGUGACUUCUUUUAUUAUUCAGUUCUUUUGUUUGGAGUUUGGCCUUUUUGUUCUCAUGAGUGAGGGACACCCAAACUACCCAAAACCCGUCUGUGUCACAGCGUUAAUAACCACAUGUUAGGAACGUGACGUUCUAAAAAGAUCGAGCACUGUCAUUUUUGGUGAGGUCACACUCAAUUUUCUCAUUGAACUAAUUUUUUUAUUUUAUUUUUUGCUGGUAACAAACCAGUUUCAUCGACUUUGUGUAACCAAUAAAACUGCUUCCAGGAUCAGAAAUAAAAUGUUUAAUGUCACUUUAUUUGAAGCAGGACAUGAAGGACGUUCAGGGCUCAGAGACUUUAGUGCGAGUGCAGAUCAGGGAGGGAUGCAUCUGUACAUGUAUUUAUAUCAGAGCACUUUAUGUUGAAAACGGGACAUUUUUUCAGGCUGAUGUAAAGCAGAAAUGUGUAAUGAGAGGUCGCUGCUAAUGCAGUUUUCUCAUUUGGAGAUGGAUCAAAGUGCGGUCAGAUAGCUGCUCUGCAGAUGAGCCCCUGUGAAUGUGUGAGCUGUAGAAAAGGGCUUUGAGAUCCUGCAGGGCAAGUAGCUGAAAACUGAAGUGCUCUUUCCACUAAUUUGUAGAGUCUUUAAUGUCAGAAGAAAACAGUAGAAUAAAAACCCCGACCUGCCUGUGUUUGUGCUGUGGAAACUGUCCGAACAACCCGAGCAAAAAGCUUCCUGAUGGUUUGCACGUUAAAAUCUCUCAGCAUUUCUAGGAUUUAAGGUCAGUAUAACAAACAGAAUCCAGCCUGCCACGACUUUUCUACGCCACCCUGUUGUCUUCUAAAAACUUCUAUCUCCUCAAAUGUGUGAGAUGUUCCGUGUUUUCCUGACUUUAAUGAAUCGUGAAUCGUGUUGGUGUUUUAUUAUGAAGCAAAAUCCUGAAGCUUAAAGUCCUGCUGAGGUUAAACCUUCUGCUGGUUUCCUGUUCUGAAUGCUGAGUGCACGUUGAUGUUUUGACCUUAUUCAUGCUUGACCGUUAUACACAGACUCUGAUGAUGAAUUCUGUCCCUGUGUUGUGCAAUUCUGGUUUGCCUGAAAAAUCUCUAUACACACAAAUAUUUAAUAAAU